GGCAAAACGUGCCUUCCACCUCACGAGAGAAGCCUCACCAAUCAAAACAAGCACUUGCGGGGUACACCCCGACUCCACUCCGCAGCUGCCCCGCGACAGCCAGCAGCAACGCCGCUUCCAUCCUGGCCUCCACUGCGCUGACGAGCGGCGCGCGAAAGCUGGACGUCACUCUCCGGCGUCAAUCUGGCGUUGCUAUGGCAACGCACCUGGUCCCAGCUCUGUCGCUGCAACCCGCCCCUUCAUCGCGGGUGUUCAUGGAGCUGGUUCCCUGGGCCGACCGGGGCCGGGAGAACAAUCAGAUCUCGACCGUCCGGCCCCACAACCCGCAGGCCCAGCCUGGAGCCCGCGAGGUCCACGUGAGCGGCGCGGCCGACCUCUCGGCCGGCCCCGACCGGGCCCAAGUGAUCGUGAGGGUGGCCAGCACCAAGGAGGCGGCGGCAGAGGCCAAGAAGAGCGUGUGCCGCCGCCUCAACUACAUCAUGCAGAGCCUCCAGCAGCAGGGGCUGCCGGCAGAAAAUGUAACUGUGAUGAGGGAUAUUAGAAGAAUGGAAAAUGCUUAUUAUCACAUGGAAGCUGAGGUCUGCAUUACAUUUACUGAAUUUGGAAAAAUGCAAACUAUUUGUAAUUUUCUAGUUGAAAAGCUAGAUAGCUCUGUUGUCAUCAGCCCACCUGACUUCUAUCACACUGCAGGUUCUGUUGAGAAUCUUCGACGGCAAGCCUGUCUCACUGCUGUUGAGAAUGCCUGGCGCAAAGCUCAUGAAGUCUGUGACCUCGUUGGCCAAACUCUGGGAAAACCUUUACUAAUCAAAGAAGAAGAAACAAGAGAAUGGGAAGGCCAAGUUGAUGAUCAUCAGCUAUCCAGACUCCCAGGUUCAUUAACUGUACAACAGAAAAUCAAAAGUGCUACAAUACAUGCUGCUUCAAAAGUGUUUAUUACUUUUGAGGUGAAAAGUAAAGAGAAGAAAAAAAAGCAUCUUUAAAACUCUAACUAAAACAUUCUGUGUUUGUAUUUUAAAAUCUGCUUUUAUACAUUUUAUAGUGCUUAUUUCUGUCCUGAACAUACAUGUUUUAUGGUAUACUGAUUCUCUGUAAAAUCUGCCACUUUUUGAACAUAGUCCCACAAAAAUACUUAUGUUCACUUUCUAGUUUCCAACAUGCUCUGAGAAAUACUGUAAGAAAUAAAUGUAUUAAAACAUAAUUUUGUAUACUGAGAAUUUAUAUAUCGAAAAUAAAAUUAACAAAAAA